AUGGAGUUUGGAGAAAGGAAGAGGAGAAGGAAGUCACAGAGCUUUAAACUGGUCACGGAUGAAGAUUUUGCUGCUUCAUAUGUGACGAAUUCCAACUGCAAUGAUGUUGAUGGAGAGCCUAAGGAUGCUGCUGUUCCUGAUGUUUGGCUGGGGGACGAGGGCGUGGAGAUCAAGAGGCAAAUCACAGGGAUGAUGAGGCUUCUGAGUGAUAAGACUGGCAGGGUAUAUCAUCGUGUGGUAACAGAGCAGGACAGCUUAAUAAAGGAUCAUCAGGAAAGGCAUCUGACCUGGGUACAUCAGCCUGCACUCUCAUCUCUUGUAUUAGAUGACCACAAGAGCAACAGCUGGAACUCUGCAGGGGACCCAGGGCCUUCCCCUUCAUCCAUAUCUACCCCUAUCCAAAACGGUCCAGGCUGUGGCCAAUACAGCACCCGCUCCAAAGCCAUGAGGAGCCUCAACAAUACCAAGGAUCCGAUCAAAGUGAAUGAAGCUAAUGCAGAUGUAGUCCCUCCUGCUGCGACAGAAGCCCCCUGCUGUAUGUGUAACUGUAAGGGCACCUUACAGGCUAUUUUGCAGGAACUGCGUGCAAUGAGGAGGCUGAUGCACACUCAAAAAGCAUCCUUGGAAAAGCAAGGAGAGGCGGCCUCAUCAUGCCAAACUCGUCUUGGUUCAGGCCCCGCACCUCGCUGUAGACCCCGGAAAAGGAGGCCAAUCUAUAAAGUGGCACCUCUGAAUGUGUCAAGUAGAGCUGCUCUUGGCCCUCUGGAGGCAUUGCCACUUAUAGCUGCACCUGCUGAAUCCGCAAAGAGGGAGGAACGUGAGAAAGAGCAAUGCUCAUCUACACCCAACAGCCAUUCAGUCUCGUCUGGUGUUUCUGUUCUGCCACCUCAGAAAAAUCCAGUAACUACGAACAACAGACACAAUCCUCUCCUGAACCAACUAAAGGAACAUCAGUCAUUAGAGUCUGAGGUGCGUCUUGCAGAGGAUCAUGACGUGUAUAUCUCAAAGGCUCAGCUAGACUCCAUUCUGGUCAACUAUACACGCUCUGGCAGCCUGCUGUUCAGGAAACUGGUGUGUGCCUUCUUUGACGAUACUACGCUGGCUAACUCUCUGCCAAACGGUAAAAGGAAGAGAGGGCUCAAUGAUAACCGUAAGGGCUUGGACCAGAACAUUGUGGGCGCCAUUAAAGUGUUUACAGAGAAAUACUGCACUGAACAUAGAAUAGAGAAGUUGCCCGGGCCACGGGACUGGGUUCAGAUCCUUCAAGAUCAGAUCAAACUUGCCAGGAGGAGGCUGAAAAGAGAUGCUGCAGAAACAGAAGAAGUCUUCAGUGGACCUUCCACAAGCUCCGACUAUAGCAAGCCUGCAAGUGUGAAGGGGACGGUCGUUAACAUGACUGGUUGA